AUGUCAGGGCAUCAGCUUCACUGCAGUUCCAGCGGAGCAGAGUUUAGUGGAAAAACACAUUCUGCUGCCUUCACCACAGAGAAGCGUUACCCUUGCAGUCAGUGUGAGAAGAGCUUCAAGACUAAAAGAGAAGUCCAAAUCCACCAACGUGUUCACACAGGAGAGAAGCCAUUUUCAUGCACGGACUGCGGAAAGAGUUUUUCAACCUCUUCUAACCUCCUCAGUCAUCGCCACGUUCACACUGAAGAGAGGCCGUACGCUUGCAGUCAGUGUGACAAGAGCUUUAAGACAAAACAAAACCUUCAAGGCCAUCAGCGUGUUCACACAGGGGAGAAGCCAUUUUCAUGCUCUGACUGUGGAAAGAGCUUCUCACAGUUUGCUUACCUCCACUCACAUCGCCUUAUUCACACUGGAGAGAGGCCGUACGCUUGCAGUCAGUGUGACAAGAGCUUUAAGAGAAAAGAUGACCUCCUAAAGCACCAACGUGUUCACACAGGGGAGAAACCAUUUUUAUGCACCCACUGUGGAAAGAGUUUCUCACAGUCUUCUAACCUGUACAGACAUCGUCGCUUUCACACUGGAGAGAAGCCAUAUUCAUGCACGGACUGCGGAAAGAGUUUCUCAGACCCUGGUAGCCUCCACAAACAUUGUUGCAUUCACACUGGAGAGAGGCCGUACCCUUGCCGCCAGUGUGACAAGAGCUUUAAGACAAAAGGAAACCUCAACAAACACCAGCGUGUUCACACAAGGGCGAAACCAUUUUCAUGCACUGACUGUGGAAAGGGUUUCCCAACAUCAUCUGACCUCCAUGUGCAUCGACGUUGUCACACUGGAGAGAAACCAUUUUCAUGCACCGACUGUGGAAAGAGUUUCUCAGUCUCUUCUAACCUCCACAAACAUCGCCUUAUUCACACUGAAGAGAAGCCGUACGCUUGCAGUCAGUGUGACAAGAGCUUUAAGACAAAAGCAGAGCUCCAACGCCAUCAGCCCAUUCACACAGGGGAGAAACCAUUUUCAUGCACAGACUGUGGAAAGAGCUUCUCACAGUUUGCUCACCUCCACUCACAUCGCCGCAUUCACACUGGAGAGAGACCGCACGCUUGCAGACAGUGUGACAAGAGCUUUAAGACAAAAGCAGAGCUCCAACGCCAUCAGCCCAUUCACACAGGGGAGAAACCAUUUUCAUGCACAGACUGUGGAAAGAGUUUCGCACAUUCUUCUGCCCUCCACAUGCAUCGUCGCAUUCACACUGGAGAGAGGCCGCAUCCUUGCAGUCAGUGUGACUACAGCUUUACCUCAAAAAGAGAUCUUCAAACACAUCGUCGCAUUCACACUGGAGAAAAGCCGUACGCUUGCAGUCAUUGUGACCAGAGCUUUAAGAGAAAAGACAGGCUCCAAAUCCACCAGCGUGUUCAUACAGGGGAGAAGCCAUUUACAUGCACCGACUGUGGAAAGAAAUUCUCACAGCUUGCUAACCUCUACACACAUCGUCGCAUUCAUACUGGAGAGAGGCCGUACCCUUGCAGUCAGUGUGACAAGAGCUUUAAAUUAAAUACACAUCUCCAAAGUCACCUGCGUGUUCACACAGGGGAGAAACCAUUUUAAUGCACCGACUGUGGAAAGAAUUUCUCACAUUCUUCUCGCCUCCACACACAUCGCCUCAUUCACACUGAAGAGAAGCCGUUCGCUUGCAGCCAGUGUGACAAGAGCUUUAAGACUAAUGCAGAACUCCAAAUCCACCAACUUGUUCACACGGGAGAGAUGCCAUUUUCGUGCACCGACUGUGGAAAGAAAUUCUCACAUUCUUCUAACCUUAAGAAACACUUGUCAUCACACUUGAGAGAAGCCUUAAGCUCUCAGCCAGUGUAACGAGUUUCUCACAGUCCUCUAACCUUAAAGCUACAGUGGCGGUCAUAUGUUUACAUACCCUAACAGAAUAUACACUUUGCUACCAAUUUCCAAUAGGAUGUGACUGAUUACACAAAACCUUUUUGUUUUCAAUCCGAGGACAAUGCUCCAGCCACUCAGCUUGCCAAUCAAGCUGUGGAUGGAAGACCACCAUAUCAAUACCCUGACAUGGUCAGCCCAAACUCCAGGCCCGAACCCCCUUGAAAACUUCUGGAGUGUGGUCAAGAGGAAGCUGGUCACAAGCCAUCAACCCAAGCUCAGUAACUUGAAUUAUUGCACCAAUCCUGGAAUAAAGUCUAAAUAGAAUAAAGUACCAAAACGCAUGAUAGCUGUGACUACAAAUCGGGCUUAUUCCACCAAAUAUUGCCUUCUGAAUUCUUCCUAAUUUAAUACAGAACGAUUAUGUUGUUUUAAAGUUAAUAUCAUCUUCUUUUCUUUGCCGUAUUUGAGAUUUGGAAACAUUGCAUCUUGUGUUUUACUUUGACCAUUUUGAGAUUUUCUGCAAAUAAGUGAUCCAAAUGACAAUAUUUUCUUUCGAAAUUCAGAGGAAAUGUCGGUAGUUUUUAUAAAGAAAUAACAAUGUUUGUUUUACUCAAACACAUACCUAUCCAUAGCAAUAUCAGAAAAACUGAAAAAUUCGAAGUGGUCUCUCAAUACUUGCCGCAGCUGUAUAUAGAAAUACUGCACAGUUGAAAAGACAAGUUUGAAAGUGCUUAUGUCCAGCAUUAGCAAUAAUGCUGUCAUCAAUCUGUGGAAUUUAUGGACUUAUGGAAAAUGUGAUUCUUGAGCUUUAUAAGUAAGAUUUUAUGAUUCACUGUGAUACAGACUGACACUUUUUUCAUUAUAAAUCUCAGUAUAGAUCCAUAGUAGAGCAUAUACACAGGAACCUAUAAGGGGAGGAGACAGACUGAAUGAUUACUGCAAAGAGAGACUUUUUGGAUUCACAGCAUGGAUGCCAUGACCUACCCAGGUUUAAAUGAUGAAAUUGACUUCAGGUCUUUGCUAUGAUGCGUAUGAUGUUAAGAGUAUGAUAGUUUGAAUAUGACCCAGUGUCAGAUGCCUAGCCUCCAUUAUGUUGUCUAUUAUGUUGUCUUUUUCUACCAUUCUAUGUCCUACUAUUCCGCUUUUUACUAUUCAGCAUUUUUAUAUUCAGCAUUUUCUUACCACUCUUUCAAUGCCCCAUACAUCAAUUCUUUGUGAUUAUUGUAACAUAAACGUGUUUAUACCUGACCUAUGUGACCUCUGAAGGUUUACUGUGUUACCCAGGUACCUGAGUUUCUAACCACGCCCUGAUGAAGGCCAGACGGCUGAAACCGGUCAGCGUUUUUAACAUGUUAACCCUGAUGUGAAAUAAAGGGUUUUUAAUACUUCAA